AUGGAUACACCGAAGUACUCCAUCAUCCUACCAACUUACAAUGAGAAGGAGAAUCUGCCGAUUUGCAUUUGGCUCAUUGAAAAAUAUUUGAAAGGGAUUUCCUAUGAAAUUAUUAUUGUCGACGACGCCUCUCCAGAUGGUACUCAAGAUGUGGCAAAACUUCUUGAAAAAGAAUACGGAGAAAAUAAGAUUCUGAUAAAGCCACGUGCCGGAAAGUUAGGACUUGGUACCGCCUAUUCGCAUGGGCUGUCGUUCGCAAGAGGAGAAUUUAUCAUUCUGAUGGACGCGGAUUUGUCACAUCAUCCCAAAUUCAUUCCAGAGAUGAUUGCGUUGCAGCAAAAGUACAAACUCGACAUUGUUACUGGAACUCGUUAUAAGAACGGAGGAGGUGUGAGUGGAUGGGAUUUAAAGAGGAAAACGAUCAGCAAAGGAGCCAAUUUCCUUGCGCAGUUCCUUCUGAAUCCGGGAGUCUCUGAUUUGACCGGAUCUUUCCGUCUCUAUAAAAAAGAAGUCUUGGCAACGCUGAUUGCGGAAAGUGUCAGCAAAGGAUACGUUUUCCAAAUGGAGAUGAUGUUCAGAGCCAAGAAGUCUGGAUAUCGGAUUGGGGAGGUUCCCAUCUCGUUUGUGGAUCGAUUCUUCGGAGAAUCAAAACUGGGUUCUCAAGAGAUCGUCGACUACGCUAAGGGACUUCUCUACCUUUUUGCCAUCUCCGACCCAGCAGUCAUUCCAAAACACGAAGAUGUGCCUGUGGAUCCUCCGAAAGAAGUAUCCACCCCUGCUGGACCUCCCAUAGUUAAGUCAAAUCGGAAGAAGAAUAAGAAGACCGAGACGGUAUCAGAAGCUGUGUUGGAUCCCACUCAAGAAAGCCAGCAAGGUCCCGGCGCCUCAGUUACCAUCACGGUGUGCCCCACCCAAGAAGACGAUCCGUCGAUCAGCGCAGCUAAAGCAGCUAAAUCAAAAAUCAAGGAGGAGUACUUUGACGACCAGAACGACGAUGACACACUGGCUUGUGUAAAAAGUAUUGAGAACUGA